UCUUGCCUGUGUAGCACGUUUCAUUUACGGUGUGAUGGUCAUGGUGACGGUGCAGGUUAUGUAGGAGAUGAGAAGGCGACAGCUGAAACAUUGGAUUCAGAGGGAUGGCUGAAGACGGGCGAUCUUUGUUAUUUUGACUCUGAUGGUUUCCUCUACAUUGUAGAUAGGCUGAAGGAAUUGAUCAAAUACAAAGCUUAUCAGGUCCCCCCCGCUGAAUUGGAACAUAUACUUCACACAAAUCCUGAAAUUGCUGAUGCUGCAGUAGUUCCGUACCCUGAUGAAGAAGCAGGACAGAUUCCUAUGGCCUUUGUAGUAAGAAAACCUGGAAGCAACAUCUCUGCAAAUCAGGUCAUGGAGUUUGUGGCAAAGCAGGUUUCUCCGUACAAGAAGAUACGGCGUGUUUCUUUUGUCAAUUCUAUCCCAAAAUCUCCGGCUGGCAAAAUUUUGAGAAGAGAAUUAGUUGAUUAUGCUCUAUCCAGUGGUUCAUCCAAAUUGUGAUCUAGAAAAGAAAAGCAUGUAAAGCAGCACUUAACAUGUGCUACAUUUUUCUCUUUAGGGAUUCUCUUGUUAUGAUGUUAACAUAUUUACUACUUCAAAUACUUGAAGCAUAUAACUUUGCAAUUCUCUAAAAUCUCUACUCUGUGUGUUAUUACAGAUAAUUGUAAAUUGUUCAGAUGGAAUAAAUGCAGGAAAUAAUGUGAAGCACCUGGCGUUGUACACCAUGUAGUUAUUCAACCCUUUUCACUACUGAGAAUUUCAGUGGUUUGUAGACUUGAGAUGUGUUUCAUUUGUAUCCAUUACCCAA